UGGUGCGAGAUCUGGACGGGAUAAAGGAGGACAAGGAGAGAGCGAGGGGCGUGUGCACUGCUUGAGGCGCCUAAAGCUUUGUUUCCCCGUCUCACCUCCCCUCUCCCACUGUCCUGCAGUGGUGCGUGAGCUGGACUGCAUCAAGGAGGACACGGAGAGGGCGAGGGGAGUGUAUGCUGUUCCAGGAGCCUCAAAUUCUUCUUAUUGGUCUUUCCCUUGCUUUUCCCCCCUCCCCCCCUCUCCACCCUGCAGUGUGGUGCGUGAGCUGGACGGCAUAAAGGAGGACAAGGAGAGGGCAAGGGGAGUGUACGCCCGGCGGGCCCUGCGGCUGCUGAGGGACGCCCUGGCCAGCAGAGCCUCGUGGCUCCGAGCCCAGGGCGCCCACGAGAAGGCCGAUGUGACUGGGAGUAUUAUUAGCAUUGGCAGCAGCAAUGGGGGUAGCGGUGGGAGCGGCCAGAGGCUUUCGGCUGAUGAUGCGGUGUUGUCUUGCUGUCUCUACUACCACCAGUUUGUUGCUCCUGGCGCUGUGGUGCUGCUUACUGGGGAUAUUGCACUGCAAGUCAAGCUUCAUGCCAAAGGUCCAAAAGAGGAGGACGAGUGGGACUGGCACUUCGGUUGUGAGAAACCAAAAACACCUGCUGCGGUCGAAUCUGGAGAUGCAGAGGGAGACGCGAUACUGCUGGGUCACCCUCGCGACUCCAAGUCUUUCUCCCUUUUCCCGAUCAAAGAGAGUUUGAAGGCCGUUGUGAAAGGAGUCAUGGAUCUGGACGCCAUCUCAGAGCAGCCGAGGCGGGAGGAGAUGGAGGGGCAGGCCAAGGAGCAGUUUUCAACGGAGCCCACGCAGGCAGCAGCAACUGGCGCUCCCGGCUACGCAGCAGGAGGAACAGCUGUCUCUGCACCCGGUUACGCCGGCGGUGGUUACGUGGCAACGGCGACAGGCCCAGGCUUCACCUGCACGGCCCAGGAAUUCCCCACUGCGGGGGGAGGCGCGACGGGAGUGGCUGCUGUGACUGAUACCGAGGGAAGGACGAUUUACUACUCUACCACUAUGCAGCCCAUGGGUGUGACAGGGCCGGGUGUGACUGAAACGGGGGUGACUGCAACGGGUGUACCUGCAAUGGGGGGUGCUGCUAUGGGUGGAGGUAUGGGUGGUGGUACUGCUACUGGUGUGCCUGCUGCAGGAGGUGGUGGGAUGGGGGAGAUGGGGAAAGGGACGGAUAUGAGUGGUAUGGAGGCUGGGAUGGGGGGGGAGAGCCUGGGAACCACUGGGAUGGGGGGAGGGGGAACGGCUGGGGGGGAAGCGGGGGGGAUGGGGGGAGGAAUAGGCGCAACGGGGGGAGGAGAUACUGAGAUGAUGGUCGGAGAUGUGGGGGGAGAGAGCAUUGGCGCAAGGGGCAGUGCUGAACCUGCUGGUGGGGAGAAAAAGCUUUCAACUGGUGCUGCCCCUGAGGGGGGAAUGGGGAGGACUGCUGAGAGUGACUUGACUUCAGGGGGUGAUAUUGCUGAGGCGAAGGAGGCUGGUGCUGCUGCUGCUGGAGGGGAGACAGGAGGGGUUGAGACCGGUGGAGAGGGAUUCAUGGGGCGAGAGUCCGAGGCCAAGGCUCUUGAAGGGGAAGGAGGAAUUGGUUCAGCCUAA